UACGGCCGGCACGCGGGGUACGCGGGCGGCGCCGGCGCAUACCACGCGCGCACGCCCGCCGUACCUCUCAACGCAAAUGGCGAGCCCAUCAAGCUGCCAGAUAAUCUGGAGAGCCUGCCGCGCGCUGAACACUUCGCCGCGCAAAGACAUCGCUGGAACACCAAUGAGGAAAUCGCAGCAAUACUCAUCAGCUUCGACAAACACGCGGAAUGGCAAUCAAAGGAAGUCAAAAUUCGACCGAAAAGCGGUUCGAUGCUUCUAUACAGUCGCAAGAAAGUGCGGUACAGGCGCGACGGCUAUUGCUGGAAGAAACGGAAAGACGGAAAGACCACGCGAGAAGACCACAUGAAGCUCAAGGUGCAGGGGACAGAGUGUAUCUACGGCUGUUAUGUGCAUUCCGCCAUCUUGCCGACAUUCCACCGAAGAUGUUACUGGCUUUUACAGAAUCCGGAUAUAGUAUUAGUGCACUAUCUGAACGUGCCGUACCCUGAUGAUAACAAGCUAGCGACGGUGGCGCCCAGCCUUGCGCUAUGGGCUGACAAGAAGGAGUGGACGAAGGACGAGCUUGUCAGCCAACUGAAGCCCAUGUUUUUCAGCGAAGAUGAACCGGAUAUGAACAGCGAAUUGGAAAUUUCAGGAAAAAUGUUUCAGACAGCGGAAACAGUCGAGGCCAUCGUAGGGCAGCUGAUGGAAAAGCAAAGAGCUGCACGAGCCGCGGCAUUGGCGAGGCAACUGGAAUGUGGAUGUCCCGACUCAACAUGCCAAGAUUCUAGAACAUGCGCGCAUCCACUUCGUCGCAUUCAAGUUACGAAGGCUCCAGCAUCAGAUCACCAUGUGUCGUCAACAACUGGGCCAUCUCCCAGACCGAUUUCACAGCCACCGCGUCAGUAUACCAGAGAUCAUAGAACAACGACUCAAACAGCAUCCCCAUUACUCUUAUCACUAGGCCAAAUUCAAGGGGGAGGUGGCUUAUUAAUAUUAAACGGAGCUGGCAGUAGCUCGCAACAACAUUCCUCUCUCGUUUCUCCUCUGUCAGUGACAUCAUUCGUUUGCGAAGAACCUAGGGACAGAUACCGUCAUCAAUACAAACCAACGUUUGUAUUAAAAAGAGAAAUUCCCGACAGUCAACCAACUUCUUGCAUCCAUAAUUCUGAAACAACAUUUGAAAUAGAAACUCAAGUAGAGGAAAAAGUUGAUGUAGAAACUUUCGAAUGUAAAAUAAAAAUGGAGCCUCGAAGUAGGAAUCAAAUAAUUGCUAGCGCCCCCGCAACACCGUCACGUUAUCCUGAUUUAGUCGAACGAUUAGAAAGUAAGGUGUUAACUGACAACUGUGAAGAUACGUUAGUUUUGUUAGGAACAGAUGGAAGCUUAGGACAUACUAGUGCAUUUUUCGACGAGACUUUAGAACUAUCACACGAAGAUAUACAGAAAACGCUGUCUGCUAAUAUGCCAACGUGUGAAUUGGAUAGAGGUGGGACUAGAACUUCCGACACUGCUAAUGUUAUGGUGUCGGGAAUAGAUACGAUGGAUUUCAUAGAAAGUUGUGAAGCAGUAGCGUCGCCAACACAAGUAGUGGAUGAUAAUGUAUUUGUCAAUUUAGAUGCUUUUGAUAUGCUUGGAGACUUUCCUGAAUUAGAAGUUCUUGAUCCGAACUCUUUAUCAACUAAUCCGAUAAACAUAUGCGGUAAAACAUCACCCAUAGAUGAUUCAAAUGAAAAAAUGCAGACUGACUGUGCCGGAGAAGGAGCAUUGAGCAUAACUGAUUAUUCACCGGAAUGGGCUUAUCCAGAAGGAGGAGUGAAGGUUCUAGUUGCUGGGCCAUGGACAGAUACUUCUGAUCAAUAUACAGUUCUCUUCGAUAAUUUUCCUGUUCCAUCAAUACUUGUUCAGAACGGUCUUUUACGGUGUUACUGUCCAGCUCAUGAAGCAGGUCUGGCAGCCCUUCAAGUGGCUCGUGGAGGUCAAGUAGUAUCGGAUACAGUUGUAUUUGAAUACAAAGCUGGUCCUACGCCUACGCCUACUUCGCCAGCGUCUGCCCCUUUACCGUCACUGGAUUUUCGGCGGUUUUCACUUUUGCAACGAUUACAACGAUUGCAUGGCCGUCUGCAAGUGAAAACUGAGCCAAUGGAUGAUAACAAUCAGGUGGAAGAUGUGCAGCUAUACUCAAAUCCUAAAUUUGAAGAACGACUCGUUACAUUUUGCAAGAUACUAAGCUCUCGUUCUAUUGGAAAUGCUGAGGGUUUUACCACAGAGCCUGGUGAAGAUAAUUCGACGAUACUCCACUUGGCUGCAGGAUUGGGAUAUUCUAAGUUGACUACAGUACUGCUUCGUUGGAGGCAGGAUGACAACAGUUUGGCUUUGGAAAAAGAAGUAAAUUUAGGAGCGAGGGAUAGUGACAAUUGUACCCCUUUGAUGGUGGCUAGUGCAGCGGGUCACGUGGAGACGGCAGUGGUACUAGCUCGUUGGGGCGCGGGCACGCGGCAGGAGGCUGGUGGACGCGCCGCUGCCGCUGCUGCUCGCCGCGCUGGACACUCCCGACUGGCUGCGAUGCUGGACCGUAUCCACCCGCCUACUGGUGAUGCUGUGUUUCGCAGACCACAUAGUUUAUCGCAAAAGGGCCGAGCGGGAAGUUUGGAGAGCAAUCUCGUAAAGCGACCGUCUGUAGACAGCGGCAUCAACAUGGCGGAUGCGUUCCGAUCCAGCUCCGCUAUUGAAAGGGGAGAUGUUAGUUUGUCAGCCAGAUGGGAGCGAAGUAUGUCAUUACCUUUAGAUUCCGAUAACUCUGAAGACAGUCUUGGCGAACCGAAGCUCGGCAGACGGAUGGAUCUAGCUCUUUGGGAGCAGGAUGACCGAGUGUUCACUCUGGCAGAGCAGAUAAUAGCCGCGAUGCCAGAGAGAAUAAAGAACGAAAGUUCAUCUCUAUUCUCGGGCUGUGGGCUGGACAGCGGUUCCGCCGGCAGCGAGGACGUGCUGAUGGCGCCUCUGCUGGACGAAACCGCAAACUUCAGCACCGAGUUUACUUUUGAGUUUAGCGAUAAUACAUACAGAUACUGCGGUGGGUCGACUCCGUGCUCGUCGGGGUCGGUGUCGCCGGGCUCCGCGCUGUCGCCGCCGCCGCCCUCGCCCCGCGCCGUCCCCGGCACGCCCACCGCCACGCUGCAAGAAUUCCUCAACGCGACUACACACUUCUCUAGCCUUACUUUAAAUGAUCGUGAGCAACGCGAGCUGUACUCGGCGGCGAUCACCAUCCAGAAGGCGUACCGGCAGUACCGCGGCCGCCAGCUGCAGCGCCGCGCCGCCGCCGCCGCCAUCACCAUACAGAACUGCUACCGACGGUACAAGCAGUUCGCAUACCUGAAGCAGAUGCACGCGGCGGCGACAGUGAUCCAGCGCGGGUACCGCUCCCUGCGCGAGCGCCGCCUGGCCGCCACACCUGUCAAGAGAACAUAUUCACAAAGACGCCAAAAUCAAGCUGCUAGGAAAAUCCAGCAAUUCAUGCGACAGUCGAAGAUCAAGUUGCAGAACGCACGAGCAGAAAGCGGGAAGGCGGGCCGGCGCUGCCCCGCUGCCCGCCCAAGCUGCUCGCAGCGCACCACCAGUACUCCGCACACGCCCAAUAGAAUCAUCAACUACCUGGCUCCGGAAUCACCGAUGGACGCUGAUGACGAUUUGCUACUUGAACUUUUGUUUAAAACAUGACCCUCAUACAACACACCCUGUUUGGAGCAAAGCUGUUGAAAUCAAAGACAUUUAAGAAAUAUAUAGACGAGGCAGUGAACUUAAUUUUUCACCGGUACUUUCAGUAAAAGGUACUAUAGCAGUUGUCAAAUUUGGUGCAAUAUUCUUGUGUUUUACGUGUAAUAAGCUCCAUCUUUUGUUAUAAAAUAAACUAUAGUUUGUCUAAAUAAUAUAGAUUU